ACACUCUCACACAGCCAUUGAAACAGUUCAGCACAGAUAAGCCUGGUUGAUGACACAGACAGAGAGUGUUGAUACAGUAUAGAUGACAGUAGAGACAGUAGCCUGCGUUGCCGUAGCAACGGUGUAAAGCCCUUUCCACGAGUCUGAAGGUUGAGGAAAAGGAGUUGUGAUAAUGUUUGGAUGUGAGGAAGAGUGUUGAGUAGUUUCUGAAGGUGAACUUUGUUGGUCUCUCACAUUUCUUUCCUUUUCAAUCACCGCAGUGCUGGACCCCGUGUUACACGGCGAAGGAUGGAAUUGAAAUCCUUUUCUCUUCCGCCUCAGGGAGAAACUGACUCCUACUGUUUGCAAAAAGACACUGACACUCAGGCUGAUCCGUCACACAGACACAGAGGACACCGGUGGUCUGGCUGCUGAGUUUAAAUAUUUUGGGCAACAUCCGAAGUUCUCCACAGCUACGAUGAGCCUGCUCAUGUGUUCAUGUGUUGUGCUACUGCAACUCACCAAAGUCCACAGCGCUCCGCUCAUGCAGGGCCGUAUCAUCGGUGGUUUCACUGCAACACCAGACUCCAACAACUACAUUGUGUCACUGCAGAACAUGAAUGGCCAACACUUUUGUGGAGGAUCCUUGGUUCACAGGUACUGGGUCAUGACUGCAGCGCACUGUAACAUCGGGGCUGAGAACAUGAUGAUAGUGGCGGGCGACUACUCAUUAAAUAUCUUCGAGGGUUAUGAGCAGUAUGCUAAACCCCAGCAGCUGAUCACCCAUCCCCUCUACAACAAGAGCAGCAACAAUGCAGACAUCAUGCUCAUUAAGUUGCGGGUGCCCAUGCUGCUGAACAGAUAUCUGUCGCUGUCGUACCUCCCCAGGCAGGGGACAGGUGUGGCUGAAGGUCACCUGUGUCAGGUGUCUGGUUGGGGCUACAGCAGUCUCGAUGAAGGCCAGACCAGCUUCACCCUGCAGACGGUCACAGUGCCCAUCAUUUCAAACGCUAGGUGUAACGGCAGUGAGUCGUAUAACGGAAACAUCACAGCCAACAUGAUCUGUGCUGGAUUCAUGACCGGAGGAAAGGAUGCGUGCAAGGGUGACUCCGGUGGCCCGCUGGUGUGCGGGGGGCGCGUCUACGGCAUCGUCUCCUGGGGUACAGGCUGUGGAGAUGCUGGGUUUCCAGGAGUCUACACAACCGUGUCCAACUUCCGCCGGUGGAUAGAUCAAACCAUCUAUGGGUCCUUUGUACGCUGCACCUAGCACUAAAUAAAUUAUGUGAAACCCCUUUUUUAUGUUCAUAAUCAACUUUAUGCCACAUAAUGUUUGAUGUGACAAAGAUGCGGCGGCGUCGCGACAAACAACAAAUGCAGUUUAAGUUGUCCCACAGGCAGAUUCAUUUUCAGUGCUCUUCAGAUUUGGGCGAUAAUAAUAAUAGUUUGGAAUAACGAUUACCCUUCUCAUGUUCACAGAUUAUCUCACUGAUCUCUCCCAGGAGCCACCACACACACACACACACACACACACACAACCCCAAAUUAAUCUAGUGCACAUGUAAUUCCAGUCAGUCGUGUGAAGUUCCUGCACCACUUAAUGACAACAUAUUAGAAUUUGGAGAAUGUGUGAGCUGAGUCGUGAAUGUCUGGGUCUUGAGUUUUAAACAUUCCUUUGUUAUUUUCGUUAUCAGUGGAGUAUGAUCGAACCAAACACUGCCUCAAAAGAGGGUUUUUAUGUGACAUGAAUGUAGAGGGCGAAGGUCACAUGCAAAUCCAGGACGACUGAGACUGUAUUUCAUUAUCACUGGUUUAUACUGCUGUAUACGACGCGGUCUCACUGGGGAACGGCCUUGUUGGUCUGAGGCUGCACUAAAAAAAUAAAGCAGCUUUAAAUUGCAUUUUGUACUAUA